AUGGGCCUCACAGACCCCUCAACUCUCUUCGCGGGCAAGACCGGACUCGAAGCGGCCAAGAAGAUGGUAACCGACUAUAAGACGGGCAAGGUUGAGCACAUGUCACCCGCGCUGUGGCAUGCGAAGAAGGUCGUCGACUCUACGCUGCACCCUGACACCGGCGAGCCCGUUCUCUUUCCCUUCCGAAUGUCCUGCUAUGUCUUGACCAACCUUGUCGUUACUGCUGGCAUGCUUCAGCCUGGCAUGGGCACAGUUGGCAUUGUGGGCUGGCAAGUCUUCAACCAGUCCCUCAACGUCGCCUUCAACACCGCCAAUGGCAACAAGUCUUCUCCGAUGUCGACCGAGGUCAUGAUCAAGUCUUACCUCUCCGCUGUCGGAGCCUCUUGCUCCGUCGCCCUCGGCCUCAACGCUGUUGUUCCUCGACUUAACGUCACACCCUCUACCCGCAACAUCCUCGGUCGACUCAUCCCCUUCGCUGCGGUCGCCACGGCUGCCGGUCUCAACACCUAUCUUAUGCGCCGCGACGAGAUCGUCAAAGGUAUCGAUGUUCGGCCUGUGCUUUCGGAAGAGGAUAAGCAGAAGCUCAUCGCUGAGGGAAAGUCUGAACGAGAUGUCUCCUCGCUGGGCAAAUCUCAAGCUGCUGCCAGGCUUGCUGUUUACCAGACCGCAGCCAGUCGAGUCUUCACUGCAUCCCCCAUCAUGGUUCUUCCUCCCAUGGUCCUGUACUAUAUCGAGAGUAAGCAAGCUUGGUACAAGAACCUUAUGCAGAAGGAGUGGGUGCGAUCACGACCAGCACUGGUCAGGGGCAUUCCCUUGGGCAUCAACCUUAGUCUGAUUGCCCUCACCUCCUUCGCUGUCCUUCCUUUCGCUCUCGCUGUCUUCCCCCAGCAUCAAGAGGUCAGCGCAGAGUCGCUCGAGCCUGAGUUCCACGGCAAAGGAGGUAAGGAUGGUAAGGUCAUUUUCAACCGUGGCCUAUGA